CGAAUUUUCCUUGCCACCAUCGUCGAUGUUCCUCGUAUCCACAAACUCAUCCACCAGAUGGCCGUGUUUGAGCGACUCAUCCAUCUCUUCUCCGCCACAAAAUCUUCACUUUCCUCCACUCUCUUCCCUGAGAACUCCCCACCUCCGUACACCUCCUUCAUCAUUUUCCUUCUCGAAGUUUCUCAAACCCCUUUCCCUCUAAUCGACCAAAACUACCCAAAUUUUAGCCCCAUUCAUAAAACGGUAAAUCUGGAUCUCCCGAUUACCGACCCGCAAGCUGAAACGUUCAGAUCGUGUGGAAAUGAUGUUGUGGUUGCUGGGCUUGUGUUGUUUUUUCCUAAUUAUUCGUCCUUCUUAGCGAAACCUGGGUUUUACAUCGAGGAUAUAUUUGUGAGAGAGUGUUAUAGGAGGAAAAGUUUUGGAAAGAUGUUGUCAGUUGUGGUUGCUCAUGCGGCAAAAAUGGGGUAUGGAAGAGUGGAAUGGGUGGUUCUAGAUUGGAAUGUGAAUGCGAGCAAGUUUUAUGAAGAAAUGGAUUAA